UCCAUUCUUUUCUUCUGUCUUCUCUCAGAUGAGUCAAUCUUGGUCCUUUCUAAUGCAAAGCUCCCAUCCCUGCUUCAUGCUUUAGUCCAAGUCCUCAUCAUAAAAACAUAUGACUGGAGUUGGCAUUCACAAAGUUGUCUUUGAAAUGGGGAGUAAGGUGACAGAAGAGAAAAAGAAGGGCUCUGGAUUCUCAGACAUGUUAAUAAUUUUUACAUAUCAUAUAUAAAUGGGAUUUUGCAGAGACGAACCAGAAAUAGAUGGAGAGCAAUGGACAGGAAAGGCAGAUGAGGGACCGAAGAGACACAGCUCCCAAAAGAAAGUUAGCCUUACAAAAACCAAGACGAUAAAGAGAAAUGCUUAAGUUUAGGGAAUCCAGUGGAAGCAGUGAUUCAAGGUGAACAAAAGGUGAACCUUAAGUUGAAAUGAGAAGUGUAGGAUUUUCAAGUUUAGUUUCUGGGAGUGUAAAAAUAAACAAACAAUUGUGAUGUCAGAGACUGAAAGAUUAUAGUUGUCAUUUGAACUUGGGGAUAAAGGAGACAUCUAUGACUUGGCUGGAAAAGACAGAGCUAAUGUACAUUGCAAAGCACAUAUUUAUAGCAGGAAAAUGGGAAGAUUUCUCUUUAAUUCUAGAGAUGAAGUGGGGACGGGGAGAGUAGACUACUCAUUUUAAGGGUGAAACAUUGGAAUUCAACUUGUUUGAUGUUAUAUUAAUUGGUGGUUAAUUACUAAGCUAAGUACAUAUAAAACUUUUAUCUAUGGCUAGCUUGUCCCCCCAAAGUCAUGCAAUAUAGUGAACUGGCUUUCGCACUUUAAAUUAUUCAUUGAUCAUGUAAUGAUUCAGAUGAUUCAUCUUGCAAGAUGGACACUGAAACUAACACUCAUAGUAGGUUGUGGUUUAAGGAGUGGAACAACCGCCAAUCUCAUUAGUGGAAAUUGUGAUGGUUGAAUUUAUCAAGGAUGAACAUACACGGUCUUCUUUCUGAGAUUUUCUUUAAGAUUUUCUCACAGAUAAUCUAUUUCUUAGGUUUUGGAGAGAAAAUUUGAAUUUUAUUGAUCCCUCAGAACUCAAUCUUUCAGAUUUCAAAGGAGCUAUUUCUUUUAAUGGGGACUCUGUUAAUAUUUAUAAAAGCUCUUCACAGGAUGGAGGUUGGGAGGGAAACUCCAUCCCAACAAGACAAAAAGAAUGAAGCAUGAGGCUCCACCUAGUUCAUCACUGCUCCUUGAAAUACAUCAGUAUUGAAAGACACAUCCACCCCACCCCCAACCCAGCCCUAUUGCUGUUCCAGCUCAAGAGUCAGAGGUCCCGAAGCUGUAGCUCUUCUACAAUCUGCUGCUCUGUGACUCAAGUCUGUUGUCUGCAAAGAAAACUAUUGGGUUCCCAAGCAAGAGAGGCACAUCUGGUAGGACAGAUUUUGUGAUUGCAAAAGAAGGGGGAAGAAAAGAAAGAAAGAAAAGAGCUCUCUAUACAAGAUAACCAGAGGCAUCAAACUGAAAUCCUCCUGUGGAAAAUAAGCUAGUACUUCUGGGCCUGAUGGUGUAGUGAAAACCUGUGCUUGAGGAUACAUUACAGUGAAAGAGCAAAGUGAACAGUAAGUAGCUAUUACUUACCUCCUUAGGGAGGUGUGUUGUUUGCCUGUACAUCCCCCACAGCACCUAGCACAGUACCUUGCAUCUCACCUGCCACUCACUAAAAAGUCUAUCAAGUUAGUUAAUUAUCGAGACAACGCCCUCAGAAAUGAGAGAACAGUACCCUCUUAUCCUUGCUGCACUUUCCAGCACUGAUACGCUGCCUAAAAGAGGACUAGGGCACAGGUUUGAAUUAAUGUCACAAAACUGGAUGGGCAAGUUACAACGGUGUUGAUUAAGGAAACAGAACUCAUGGGGCACUGGAUAUCUCCAUCCUGAUGAACCCUUGGAAAAAUGCCAAAGAUGCAUAUCCCCAGGCAAAUGCCUGAUUAGUCUGGGAUUGAUAGAUUGGUCUAGGAUUCAGCCCUACUGGGAAGAUGUCUAAAUUAUAAUCAGUGUAGAAAGCGAAGUUCUCCUAGAAGAAGAGGCAAAGAUUAAAAAGAAGAAAAGAAAAGAAAGUGAAGUCCUUUCUCCCCCAAAACCUCUCAUCAAUCAAUCAGGGUAACAAACAGAACACUAGGGCUCUGUCUGUGGACCAAACCCAAAAGCCCUGUGGUCAGGGCCAGGAGGGUAGAUCAUGUGUUCGUGGCAACUUCCUCUGUGGGCUUUUGCCCAGGUCUGUCCCCAAGCAUACGAUGGCCAAAACUUCUGCACCAGAGCAGCAUCCUGUAUAGCACAGUCAGGUCCAGGAGUGAGGGAAAACUGCCCACUCAGAGUAGAUAAUAUCUGGAAGGAAUGACUGUUUGGGAAAAGUUCCAAUGCUAGUUCAGUGCCAACACUUCCCCACCUUCUCCAGCCCUCUCCCACUGGUUCCUCCCCUCUCAACUGCUCUGGUUCUUAUAAAAACCUCACAGCCUUUCACUAACAUCCCGUAGGAGCCUCUCUCCCUACUGCUGCUACACAAGACCCUGAGACUGACCUGCAGGAAGAAACUAUGAAGAGCCUGAUCCUUCUUGCCAUCCUGGCCGCCUUAGCGGUAGUAACUUUGUGUUAUGAAUCACAUGAAAGCAUGGAAUCUUAUGAACUUAAUCCCUUCAUUAACAGGAGACAUGCAAAUACCUUCAUAUCCCCUCAGCAGAGAUGGAGAGCUAAAGUCCAAGAGAGGAUCCGAGAACGCUCUAAGCCUGUCCACGAGCUCAAUAGGGAAGCCUGUGAUGACUACAGACUUUGCGAACGCUACGCCAUGGUUUAUGGAUACAAUGCUGCCUAUAAUCGCUACUUCAGGAAGCGCCGAGGGGCCAAAUGAGAUUGGGGAAAGAAAAAAAAUCUCUUUCUUUCUGGAGGCUGGCACCUGAUUUUGUAUCCCCUUGUAGCAGCAUUACUGAAAUACAUAGACUUAUAUACAAUGCUUGUUUCCUGUAUAUUCUCUUGUCUGGCUGCACCCCUUUUUCCCGCCCCCAGAUUGAUAAGUAAUGAAAGUGCACUGCAGUGAGGGUCAAAGGAGAGUCAACAUAUGUGAUUGUUCCAUAAUAAACUUCUGGUGUGAUACUUUCA